AUACGCCAGAAGUAACAGCAGAAGAAGUUCUACUUCCGGCUCUGUCGCCGUAACUUCCGUGUUGUUAGUCGAGUCCAACAGGCCCAGUUUAGUCUUGAUAGAGUUUCAAAAACACGACGAAAUUAUUAUACAAUAGAUCACAUGUAGGCCUCACUGGAUGGACCAGCUGUUAACAUCCUUUGUAUGUGUACCAUCACUCUGGAAUGGCCAGUAACUUCCGAAGCUACAUAUGGGACCCAGUCCUCAUUGUCUGCCAGAUUGUGCUGAUGCAGUGCAUCUACUACAGCUUUCUUGGCCUCUGGUUGGCUGGCGUAGAUAGUCUGGUGCAAACUAGUCGAUCAUUAGACCAGAUAUUCAGCUAUGAAGUCCUUGGUUUUGCAACAGUCCAGGGCAGGCUCUCAAUGAUGGCAUUCAUCUUGAAUGCGCUGACCUGUGCCCUUGGUCUGUGGUUCUUCAUCCGUCGAGGAAAACAAUGCCUGGACUUCACAGUCACUGUGCACUUUUUCCAUAUGAUUGGCUGCUGGAUUUAUAAUGCUCAUCUUCCUGCUGCUCUGUCUUGGUGGCUUGUCAAUGUAGCCUGCAUGGCAUUGAUGGCUGUAUUAGGAGAGUACCUGUGUAUGCGAACUGAGCUCAGAGCCAUUCCAGUAAACAGUGGACCCAAGUCAAACCUUUGAAUUCUUAUGUGGCAUUCACUGAAAUCUGUGGACGGUUAUCCUUUGAGAAUGUUGCUCAGUGGAAGUUGCCACUUUAGGACACAGGACUUUAUUCGUGCACGUGUUGGAUUUUUACGCAUCUUUUCUUCAAGUGAUCCAUCAGAUGAACUUGACGCUAUUUAUUCAUAGUCAGUAUAUUGGUGAACAGUGUUAACAAUGUGGCAUAUUGAGAAACAUACCUGUUUAAAAACUGGACAGGUAAUUUUCUCAGUUAUUAAUGGUAAGGCUUUUGGUAAAUCGCAGUACAUAACAUAUCAUUCCUUACUUUUUAUAAUCUACAGUGGUUUAUUUCCCUCUGAAGGACAGACUAAAAAUUCAGUGCAUUAGGUUUCAACAACUUCCUUGCAUUUUGUUAAACUGGCUUGUUAGAGAUCAUGUUAAAGGAUGUCUUGUGCAGUUUUUAAUCAUUUUGUUGUUGCAUGUCUGAAAGAUGCUGAGCGACUAGUUUAUAUAAAAAAUGUACACAGGA